AUGAUGAAUAAAGAAUAAUAGAAUAAGCAGAGGUUGGAAGAUAUGCAAAAAUUGAAAACAUUUAUAAAAUCGAACCAACAUUUAUAGAAACCUUUAGAAGCUUUGGUUAACUCAAUAGAAUCACAAAUAACUACAUUAUAAAAAAAGAUGAAAGAGAUUCCAGAACCCAUAACACUUGAGGAUAAUAUUCAAUUAUUAUCAAAUUGUUAGAAAGACAUAGAUUAAUCCUUAAGCCCUUAAGACAAUUUAUACUCAAGAGAGAUUCCGACAAUAUUGCACUAGAUUUAAAAACAUUUGGACUAAAUCAAGAAUUCUGUAUAAUUACAUGAAACAUCAAAAGUAGAAGAAUUAGAAUAAUAAUUAUAAAUUAACUAAGAUCAAAAUUAAUAACAUGUAAGCUUUAUUUAAUUAAAUAGAUAAAUCCAGCUUUAAAAAUUAUUUGUGAAACUCAUUUAAAGGAGAUUAUUUUUCUCAAUUUAAGUAAAACAGAAUUAGAGUAGAAAAAGCCUUUUUUAUGCAUCGAUUGCAUAUAAGAAUAUUUUGCUGAGAAUAAGAAUGUUUCCAAUAUCAUAGAUUUAUAUAAUGCUAACGAAAGAUGGAAAAAGUAUUUAGAAGAGCAGGAUGAAUAAAGAAUCUAGAGACAAACAAGAUUUAAUUAAGUGAUAGAAAUUAUUCAAAAAUUAUAAGAGAAGUACAAUCAAUAAUUAUCUAAAAUUAAUGAAUCCUUGUUCAAUCAAUUAAUUAAAGAACCAGAAAACUAUGGAAAACUUUUGAAAUUGAAAAAUAAUUCUUUAUUUUAAUAAGACAAACAGCAUCUUCUUUUUAUAAUUAAAAUUCUUGUAGAGUAGAAAAAUAAGGAAAAAAUCUAAAAUGAAGAGGAUUUUGAAGUUUAUAAAAAUCAAACUAAAUUAUUAGAAGAGUUGAUGAAAGAAAAUCUAGUUGUGGAGGAUUAAUUAUAAUAGAAUUAUGAUUAAUGUAAAUUUUAAUUUUAUUUAGAACUAAUAAAAUUAAAUGAUAUUUCUAAAGAUACAAUUGAGAAUGAGGAAACAGUUACUGAUUCCCAUUAAAGGACCACUAUUUUAGACGAAUAUUUGUCAUUCUUUUAAAAUUUAUUUAAUUCUUUAAAAACAUUAAAUAAUCUAAAAUAAAAAGGAAAGUUAGAUAAAUUCUUAGAAUCUGAGCCCGAAAUAUAAUAUUCUUAAUCAGUUUAGAUAUAUUAAAGGUUGUAUAAACAAUUAUAAGAUAUUUAAGAUAAAUUGGAAAGUUUAGUGAAGAUUGAUGAAAUUGAUUAUAAAUUAAUCGAUAUAGAAUAAGAAAAAUAACAAAUAUUAUUAUAAGGAGAAGAGAAUAAAAAGAUGAUUCAAUCAACAUAUUUAUCUUUAGCAGUAGAUUCAGAAAUUAAUAAGCAUCAGAUUUAAGAAUUGAUUGAAGAAUAUAUAUCAGAAUUAAAGUAAGAAGAUUUAAUGAAAAAGAUGAACUGGCAAAAAGGAGACAAAAAUAUUAAAGUUUGAAUUUGCUUAAAAAAUAUACAAAUUUAUAGAGAAAAGUACGAAAAAGAAAAUAAAAAAUAAAUAUCUAAUAUAUGCUUAGACAGAGUCUGGAUUUAAUUAAACAGCUUUUUGGAGUAGUAUUGAUAAAAUGACUAAUUUGUAAAUGAUAUUUAAAUCUAAAAGUGAAUAUAUAUUUGGUGGAUUCUCACCUUGUUAAUGGCUUCAAGAUAAUAGAUAAUAUUAAGCUGAUGAAACAUCAUCAUCAUUUUUAUUUUCUUAGACUUGGGACUAAAUAUACCCUAUAAUAUCAAGUAAUUCAACAUCUGCAAUAAUUAAUAAUGAUUCUGGAAUAGGUUUUGGAUAUUAAGAUGUUAGAAUCUCCUAUGAUUUCUAGAAUGGAUCAUCAUUUUUAGGAAGUACAUACUAAUGUAACCAAUAUAAUAUUAGCAAUUAAAAAAAUCAUUUAUUUGGAUAAGCUACUCCAAAUAUUAUGGAAUGCGAAAUUAUAAUGUUA